AACGUGCUCCCCCGUGAGUCGAAACCCUAAUCUCUUCCGAUCCCCGGAUUGCGGCGUGAUGGCGGCGUCGACGGAACGUCCACGCCAGUCCGGGUGGCCAAACCUACGGAGAGGUCUCCUGCGCAAAGUCCUCUCCCGGCUCCCGUCCCUCGCCGACCGCGUCCGCCUCCGCGCCGUCUGCCGCCCAUGGCGCACGCGCGCCACGCUCCAGCCUCCGCCCCGUCGCCCGCUCCCCUGGCUCGCCCUCCCGGGCGGCACCGUCUUGGACUUCGCCAACAAGAGCACGCACCGUCUGCGUAUUCCAGACGACGACGGCGGCCCCUGCUACAGCGCCGGCGACAAUAUGUUCUUCCUCCACCACAACGACGGGCGGUGCUUCGUGGUCAACGGAUUCUCUGGCGCCGCGACGCCUCUCCCCGAGCUGGCUGCUCUCCUGCAGUCUCACAUGGUAAAUCCCUGCGACGAGAAGAAGUCUGACAAGUUCGAUUGCAAGUCGUAUGACAAUAUGAAGAUCAAGAAGGUGGUGAUGUCCUCCGUGGCAUCCUUACCGAAUCAUCAUCGCGUUGUGGCCGUUCUAGCCAGUAACUGCUCUAAAUCCAGAGUCUUUAUUUCUACAUGCCGACCGGCCGGCGAGAUCAACUCGUGCCUUGUGAUGCGGGAGAAAUCCACCAUCCUCGACAUCGCCUUUUUUCAAGGGAAGAUUAUGCUAAUGUUCACAUGUUCCAGGAGCUUGUCGCCGUCGAUCUCAGAGAUGGCUGCCUCGAUAAGCCAACGCCGCCCGGCGUCGAACCCCAAGUGAAAGCAUACACAUCAUGGAUAUGGCC